CUCCUAAUGGGAGGACAGAAAGAGGAAGCGCUUCAUCUUUCUGUCCAGCUAUAUGGAGAUUUUUUAACGGUAAUUUUUAAUAACUUACGUACUUGUAAAUAUAUAUCUUCAGACUUCAAUGCUUGUUUGUACAUAAUGUCAUAUUUAGGUUUUUCUCUUGGGUCCCAUAAAACAUCAUCGGAAAUUGGAACUUCUUGCACUUCUGAUAAAUGCCAAAUACUUUUAGGAUCGUCGGAAAUCGUAUUUAUAUUAUGACCUACCUCAUUUCCUGUUAUUUUUACCUUCUGGAAUAUGUCUCCUGGACCUGCAAAUGUUUUAAAAUGAAACUACCAUAGGUUAUCUUAAGCAAAGAUAAAUUAAUUUUAUAAUUAAUACCGGCUGUAUUAUAUCCUGUUUUCGGCAGUUCGUCAUCACUUGACGAUGAUUCAUCACCACCACAAUUCAGCAAUUUAGAUAAACUCUGUAGAUCUGAUGGAGUCAUGUUAAUUAUUGGUAUUUAAGCUCCACUGAAUAAAUGACAGUUCACCUGGAAGUAAUGUGUUGACAUGUUGCUUAGAUAUCAUAUUUGUGUUGUAGCCUGUGAAAUCGCUGAGAACGGUGUAUAAUCAAUUUGUUGUAAAAAUCAUUAUUUUGAAAAUAAUUGCUUGUUUUAAGAGUUUCAUAAUUCUGUAUUCUUGUCUAAACAUUAAUAUUUUAUAACAACUUUAUAAUUAUAUUAUAGAAAGUUCCUAACCUAAGCGCUAAUUUCAUCGAAGGCAUCCAUUAAUCAAUUGAAUCCAGCACAGAGGGACAGCUGUUUAUGCUGAGUUUUAGAAAAGACAUGCUGGAUUCUGGAGCAAGUUAACACUCUUAAAAGGUUAAAAAAUAUAUUUAAAAAAUUCACAAUGGCUACUUCCUGACUGUUAUGCAUAGUAUGUAGAACAGUCGACUAACUUCCUUCAAUAAUUCAAAAAGGUUAAAAAACACAAAUUAUAAAAUCAGGAAAUAUCUACCUCCUAUAUUGUUGAGUUUCUAUACAAUUGUACUACAUUGCACGGGCGGAUCUACGGAUGGGGAGGGCUUUCGGGCUGAAGCCCCCCCAAAAUGGGAAAAUAUAACCAUGUUUUAUCGAAAAAAAUGUACAAAAAGUAUCUCUUAAAGUAUUAUUGUUCGUGCGAUUAAUAUUAAAAGGGCUUUAGGAAUCACUUAAAUACGAUUUCAUACAGUUAGUUCGUUACUUUCUUUUUUUCCAAAGUAAUUAUCGUUAUUUUUAUGAAAAAAAGCUUUCGGGCUGAAGCCCCUCCCCCAAAAUUAAAUCCUGGAUCCACUAGUUCUACAUUGAAUUUCAAAACAUAAAUACAACAUAACAGAGAUUAUAAUAACGUCCAGCGGUUACAGGUCACAAACGCCGACCCAACGUCAGAGCUAUCGGUGAAUCAGUCAAAUAAAAGAAUACGUUGAAAUCCAUUUAUGGAUUCAGCCAUGAGUUUAGAAACAGUCUGAUGGGUUCUCAAUGCUUUCAAUGAGCUCAACGCUGAUUUUAGGAGCUUGUCAAAAUUGGCUCCAACUUUAUAGGUUACUUAUAUUCACUUCAUAACCUACUCUGCAGGUUUCAACUGUGGUUAAAUAUUGAAAGCAUGGCUGAUGUUGAGGGAAAGUUAUCUAAAAAGAACCUUAAAGUUCUUAAGUAGAGGUUUGAAGCAUUGCAAUGGUUUUAAUAAAAUUAUGAAAAUUGAUAUUUACAACUUGUUUUAUUAGUUAUUACAUUAUAAGCAACAUUUCCUAGGUUGUCACAAUGGUUUCUGUUUCUUUGUGCUACUUUAUACAACCUUUAACUGUUAAAUGGGGAAAUACGUUAUUUCGUCAUCAUAUUUCCAGAAAAAAUAUUUUUACUUGUGAACUGAAAAGAAGACAGAAGGCUGAACAAAAAGAAAAAGAAAAGGCAGCAAAAGAGAAAAGUAAAACUAAUGAAAAAGUCAAAGAGAAAUUAAUUAAAGUAGAUGAAAGUAAUAUAAGCCCAAAUGAGUAUUUCAAACUUCGCAGUUUGGCAGUCCAGAAAUUAAAAGAGAGUAAUGAAAACCCAUACCCACAUAAAUUCCAUGUUUCUACAUCAUUAGAUGACUUCAUUACUACCUAUAGUUAUUUAAAAGAUGGUGAGACUGUUGAAACCAAAGAAUUAAGUAUUGCAGGAAGAGUUCAUGCAAUUCGAGAAUCUGGUUCAAAAUUGAUCUUUUAUGAUUUGCGUGGUGAAGGUUUAAAACUUCAAGUAAUGGCUAAUGCCAAAUUGUAUAAAACAGAAGAGGAUUUUUUUAUUGAUACUGAAAAAAUUAAAAGGGGUGAUAUAAUUGGCUGUUUUGGUUAUCCUGGAAAAACUAAAAAAGGGGAGCUUUCCUUAAUACCUAAAUCUAUAACACUUUUGUCACCAUGCCUUCAUAUGCUUCCUCAUCUUCAUUUUGGUCUUAAAGAUAAGGAAACACGAUUUAGGCAGAGGUACCUCGAUUUGAUAUUGAAUGAUAGAGUAAGAAGUAAAUUUAUUGUACGAGCAAAGAUCAUUUCUUAUAUAAGAAUGUUUUUUGAUUCAAUGGGAUUUUUGGAAGUUGAAACCCCUAUGAUGAAUAUGAUUGCUGGAGGGGCCACUGCGAAGCCAUUCAUCACACACCAUAAUGAGUUAAAUAUGGACUUAUUCAUGAGAAUUGCACCUGAAUUAUACCAUAAGAUGCUAAUAGUUGGAGGUAUUGAUAGGGUUUAUGAAAUUGGUCGACAAUUUAGAAAUGAAGGUAUUGAUCUCACACAUAAUCCGGAAUUUACUACCUGUGAAUUCUACAUGGCUUAUGCUGAUUACAAUGAUCUUGUGAAAAUUACUGAAGACUUAAUAUCAGGUAUGGUAAAAGCUAUUCAUGGUUCCUAUAAAGUUACCUACCACCCAAAUGGAGAGGAAGGAGAGGAAGUAAUAAUAGACUUCACACCCCCAUUUAAACGAAUUUAUAUGUUUCCUGCUCUUGAGGAAGCAUUAGGAGAAAAGCUACCAUCUCCCUCUGAACUUACAACACCGGAAGCACAAACAAAAUUGAAAGCCCUUUGUGAGAAGCAUGGAGUAGAAUGUUCUCCACCUCAAACUACUGCUCGGCUCUUAGACAAAUUAGUUGGAGAAUAUUUGGAGGAGAAGUGUAUUAAUCCCACUUUUAUAAUGGAGCACCCACAAAUAAUGUCUCCUCUUGCUAAAUGGCAUCGUUCAAUUCCUGGUUUAACUGAGAGAUUUGAACUAUUUGUGAUGAAAAAAGAGGUUUGCAAUGCUUACACUGAAUUAAAUGAUCCAAUGGUGCAACGAGAUAGAUUCGAAGAUCAAGCUAAGGACAAAGCUGCUGGAGAUGACGAGGCUCAGCUUGUAGAUGAAAACUUUUGCACUGCAUUGGAAUAUGGCCUUCCUCCUACUGGAGGUUGGGGAAUUGGUAUUGACCGUCUUACAAUGUUUCUCACAGAUUCCAAUAACAUAAAGGAAGUACUGUUUUUCCCAGCAAUGAAACCUGAUGAAGUAAGUAAGGGAAAACUGAAUGAAGACCUUCCAUCAUGAAUUUAAUAAAAAUUGUUUUAUAUCUAGUAAAUUACUCAUUAUAUCCCUGUGUAUCAUAAGUAUUUAAAUUAUUUUUUUAUUUUAUUUUAUUUUUAAAGGGAAAAUAGAUAAAAAGAAAUCAUAUUUAAUUUGUAUUUAUACA